AUGGCCUGGCCGUGGGAGUUUGUCCAUGUCGACAGCAAUGCAAAGGAGCUGAGGAGACAGACCCUCGACAGAUACGCCGGAUACGCGCAGAUAUCAGCAUUUGGCCCUGUAUUUCUGGUUCUUAUCUACAGGUUGGCAUUAUGGACCAUCAAGACAUUCGACGCGCGGAAGGCCGUCUACUCAGCCGUGCCUGAAUCGCCCAGGCGGAAGAUUCGGCGGCAGAGUCCGCUUGGUGCUUGGGAGGCACGGUAUCGACUGUUCCUGUGGUGGCUUGGAGGCGAUGUUGUCUUUCUGGGUCAAUCAGUCGGCAUCAUCGGGAUCUCCCAACUUCCCCUGCAGUACCUUCUCGCCCUGAAGAGCCUCAACCCCAUCGCCUACGUCUUGAACUCCUCGCACGAGGAGAUCAACCGCUUCCACCGUGCCCUCGGCCGGAUCGUCUACGUGCUGCUCUUUCUACACGCAUGCCUGUACACGAACUACUUCAUCCAGACGGGCAUCUUCCUAGAGAAGCUGAUGUCCUCUCGGGCCGUGCAGACGGGCCUUCUCGGGAUCUGGGCCAUGACCUUUCUCGGGGCCACCGCGCUCAAGGCCAUCCGCCAGUACUCGUACAGGAUCUUCUUCAUCACCCACCUGGCCGUGGCCCUCAUCAUCCCGCCUCUGAUCUGGUUCCACGUCCGCGUGGCCAGGGUCUUUGUCGUCGAGGCCCUGGUCGUCUUCCUGGUCGACAUCAUCUCCCGCAAGCUCGACACCAUCACCACCACCGCCACCAUCGAGCAGGUCGCCGGCACGAGCCUCGUCAAGGUCACCACGAGCAUCCCCCACCACAAGAUCGACCGGUUUCGCAAGAACCCAGGCUCGCACAUCUACCUCCAGAUCCCCGGCGAGUCGCGGCCCUCCUCCCAGGACCCCCUGUCCAAGGAGUACCUCGUCCAUGAGUUUCUGAUGAACCCCUUUACCGUCGCCGCUGUGGACGAGGACAACAGCGAGCUCACCCUCGUCGCCCGCCACCUCGACGGCCCGACCACCUCGACCCUCCGCCAGCUGGCGGACCAGAAGACCCGCGCCAAGCAGCACCAGACCUCGCUCGCCAUCGAGGGCCCCUACGGCGUGGCUGCCAACUACAGGAAACUCUCCAGCGGCGAGUACGACCGCGUGCUGCUGGUCUCGGGCGGUGUCGGCGCCACGUUCACGGUGCCGCUGUACCGCUCCCUCGUUGUGGAAAACCCGGGCGCCAAGGUGCAGCUGGUGUGGGCCAUGCGGAGCCCGCGCGAGGCUGCUUGGGCUAACGCCGCCUCGAGGGAAGGGAGGGUCUUCUCGGCAGAGGAUGGGGUGCAGCUCUUCGUGACUGGGUCCAAGAGCACGCCUGGUGCGCAGGAAGGGGAUGGAGGAGAUGAGGACGGUGUCGAGUUGAGUACGAUGCAGGGUGAGCAGCAGCAGCACGGCGUUCGUCCUGAUCUCAGGAAGAUUGUGGACGAUGUGUUUAGGCACGGGCAUGAGGAGAGGGUGGCUGUGCUCUUCUGCGGACCAGCAAACAUGGGCCGAGACCUGAGAAAUCAUGUUGGCGUGUGGGUGAAGAAGGGAAGGGUGGUGUUCUGGCACAGCGAGAGCUUUGAGUGGUGA